AUGGAACCCGAUGACAGCGAUGACGACAACAUGUAUUUCGCAAUGGUGGAUCUCAUCUCGAAUUGGUACCAGAAUCAACGAGUUCGCCGACCCCUGAGUGCCAAUCAGGAGCUCUUGAGACGCAAGCAUGCCGAGCUAGGACCGUUACUUUGUACGAAGAAGGUGGAUGAAGCACUUGCUGUUGCAAAAGAAAUGACGUCUAUCGCUCCAACAUCAUGGGCAGCUGCCUUGUAUGAGCGUUUGAUUACGAGGUUUAAGGAGCUCUUGGAUAGCAUGGAUAAAGCAGCUGCAUCAAUGGCAACACUAUACGACAGCAGAACAAAGGUCGACUUCAUCAGCAGACUUCCUUUCGAUAUUGUGAUCCAUAUUGUUGAUUAUCUUUGGGGAAUCGUUUCCAACAUGGAGGAUGAUACGACACCAACCUUUCUAUAUGUGUCAAAGCAUUGGCGCCAAACGAUCCUCGAGUCCACACCAUUCUUGUCGUAUCAGCUAUCAGCAACAAAGCUACUUGACUUUGAUAAGGCGACACUCUCACCUGCAUCUCGUAUUCGCACUAUGACGAUUGGUGGUCGAGUUAUAUCAUUUUCGCAAUUACUUGGUAAUCAUUUGUGCAACCUAUCGCAUCUCUGCAUUGAUGUACCGUUCAACGCUGCCACAUGUACCAACGGCGUACCAUUCGCUAACAAUGACAUGUGUCUCGAUGUACGACACAAAUACAACCUGGAUGAAGUCAUGGAACGGUGCCCAAACCUCGUGAGCUUGACGUGGAGCCAUUGCGUGCUGGGUGUAGCAAAUGCAACAAAAUACCGUCAGUUACGGGUAUUGGCUGUGGGAUUAAUCCACGGCGUUGAGGGGUUGCUUGCCCUUGUGAAAAAGUUGCCUUGCCUCGUUGUUCUCUCCAGCUUCGACGUCCUUCAUAUCGCCUUCCUGAAUCGAGUCAUGAAAUGUUGCCCGUCACUGAAGUGUCUCAAGUACAACACAUCUAUUAAUGGCGUGAUCAAAUGGCCAUACGAAUGGGAUACGACUUUGGAAUCAGGCAUCCAGGAGCUUUCCUUUCAUGGAGGAUACUAUGAGGACAUACCAGAGUAUGCAGUUGACAACCUAGUUCGUGCAUCCAAGACAUUGAAGUAUCUGCAUUUUGGCGAGGACAGCUUUUACUACCAAAGCGUGAUGCCCCUGCUACCGGAUAUAAGCUUCCCACGUUUGAUUCGUUUGUCAGGUUCCCCAGGGUAUGGUGACAUUCGCCUUAUUAUGAGCACUAUCAUUCCUCGCGCACCAUGCAUUGAAACGAUCAAAUUCGGCGAUCCUUUUAUCAUGUGGAAAUCUCGAGCACCGGUUGACCUAAUGGCGACAUGUGCCAAACUUGUUGAUGUCAACGUGAUCAUGGGUGAAUUUCAGCAAGACUUGGAUGCUUUGAAACGAUUCCUCGGUCCACAUGUUCAAAGGGGUAGUUCAUCGACGUUACAAUCGUUGUCAAUUGGAUUAUGGAGCAAGAAAUGCGCCCGUGAACUUUUACCGCUCAUCACCAAGUUGCCAUUAUUGGAAGACUUGCAUCGCGUUGUUUCGUUUGAUUCACCAAUGGCCAUGAUUCUGGAUUCGAUAUCAGGCAACAAUGUGAUGAAUGUAAAACAACUGAAGAUCACCGUUCUGGGAUGCUGCGUUGAAGAACCUACACUUGCUCGUUUACAACAUGCACACACUCUCACGUCUCUUAUCAUCGAUGGAGGUUAUCUACCGACCCUGGCUGCACUUUCUUUGCUUGCUUUGACCCAGCUUAAACAUUUCCAAAUUCCAUUCGAGGGACUGGAUGAUCACAUAAUCGAUAUUCUUCGCAAGCAAUUCCCCAAUAUGAUAGCUCUAUAA